AUGGAAGAAUCUGAACCCCCACCAGGACCUGUUGCUCCAAACCUCCCUCCCUCUCCCUCCUCUCAUAAAGCAGAGGGUAUGUUUGAAGCGUCUUCUGUCACGACCGUCAACUCUGGGUUCGACUAUCAAGAGAAGAAUGACCUUGAGCAGCAGCAGCCUGAACCAAUUGCUGCUUCCAAGCCUCCUCCUAUCCGAGGCAUCCGCCUUGUCUUCUUAUCCAUUGGUCUGUUCAUAGGAUGCUUUUUGGCGUCGAUGGAUUUGACGAUCAUUGCGACAGCUCUGCCUCGCAUCGCUUCCGAGUUCAACGCUCAGAGUCAAAUGUCCUGGGUCGCAACCGCGUACCUCCUCGCCUACACUGCCUUCCAAGCGAUCUAUGGUCGCUUCUCAGAUAUUUUUGGACGCAAGACCAUGUACCUCUUUGCAUGCAUCAUUUUCUUCGUGGGCUCCGUUGGCUGUGGCGCCGCCUCGUCGAUGACCAUGUUGAUUCUUUUCCGUGCGGUUCAAGGAAUGGGUGGCUCAGGCCUGUUCUCGUUGAUGUUGAUCAUUGCAUCGGAUUUGUUUGAGACGUUGGAUGAGCGGGCAAGGUUCCAGACAGUUGUGAGUUUGGCGUUUGGAGUGUCAGGCGUUGUGGGUCCGUUGUUGGGUGGUGUCUUUGUGGAGCAUUCGACGUGGAGGUGGUGUUUUUACCUGAACCUGCCGUUGAUUAUUGUUGCGUUUGGGUUGAUCGCCAAGUUCCUGGACGUCCCCUUCGAGCGGUCGGAUCUUGGUCAGAAGCUGAGGCGAGUUGAUUAUGCGGGUGUGACAAUCGUCGUUGCUGCGGUGUUGUGUUUGUUGCUCCCUCUGGCCUGGGGCGGAACCACAUACGCCUGGGACUCUGGUGUCAUCAUUGCCCUGUUCAUCGUCUCUGCAUUGUUGGUCGUUGUCCUGGUCAUUGUCGAGCGUCGAGCUGCAGAGCCGAUUUUGCCUAUGAGCCUAUUUCUCAACCGGGAAGUUAUUUGUCUGGCCACUGUCCUUGGUCUCAUGGGCGUUGUCUUUAUGGGUAGCACAUACUAUGUCCCCGUCUAUCUGCAAAUUGUCAAGCGCGUCUCGACCACCGGCUCGGGUCUGCGUCUGAUGCCCUGCAUCUUUGGUCUGGUCUUUAGUACCGCCGUCUCCUCGGUCCUUCUCAAACGGUUCAGGGACUAUCGUGUCUUUAUCUCGACGGGCUGCGCGAUCUUUACCUUGGCUGUUGGUCUGUUUAUCCUCUUUGACGUCGACACAUCCCUCGCCGAGCAGCUCAUUUUUGUGUUGUUGAUGGGAUUGGGCCAAGGUCUCAUCUUCCAGAACUGCAUCCUCGCCUGCCAGGACUGCACCGAGCCGCAAGAGCGAGCAGUCGCCACAGGUCUGGUGGCAUUUGUCAACAGUAUCGGCAAUUCUGUCGGUGUCGCCAUCUGUGGAACGGUCCUCAACAAUGCUCUUGUCAACCAGUUGGAGAAGCUACCCUUGGAGUCUCGGAGGAUUGUGGAUGAGUUGAAUGUGGUGGAGAACAUCAAUGCGAUUGGCGAGUUGACGGGUGGGGUGUAUGGAGAGGUGAUCCUGUCGUAUGCCAAGGCGUUCAAGGUCAUGUUCACGGUGUUGGCGCCCAUCAUGGGGUUGGCGUUUGUGAUCUCCUUGUUCAUCCGCCGUCGUGGUACUCUUGCUGCCUAG